GUACUAUUACUUUCACAGAUAUUUAGCAAUACUUUUGUCUCGCUCUAGCGUUUUCAAAAUAAACAUUAUAAGAGUGAGACAGAUAUACUAUGAAGGUAGUUAAAUUACGUAUGAAAUAAUUGAUUUCAAAGUCCCUCAUAUUUUCAAUCAAUUCUUUUAGAAUUAGAACUUCUAAUAUAGCACAAAUUACCUAGUAACUUCACAAUCUUACUUCGUAAGGAGCUAUAUUAGUCUUGGGGGUCAUACAGUAAGUUGCAAAAGAACAACAAGUCGCCCAGAGCGAAGUGUACCGAACAUAUUCAACUAUUAUCUGUCUCUUUCCCACUCGUACCCUAAUGCGUUGCUGACACAACUUAUUCGCUCGCUCUAAUUUCGUCACCCCACCCUUCGUCACAGUCUUGCUUUCCUAUUUGGUUUUGUAAGCGAGCAGCCAGUGUGGUAAAUUUUAUUGUUAGUGCUAAAAUAAUGAGUAUUAAAAGUGCUUUCCCACUCUAAGUACUUUUUUAGAUUACAUUAUAGUGUAUUAAACAAGUGAAGGUCAUUGUAAAGUAUUUUUUUUGUGCAGUGGAAAUCACUCAAAUGACUAUCGUAUAACAAGGACAAAAACAUCUUCGUAGUGCGGCCCAAAAUGGCUGCUCCAAAUAAACCCUUGAAGUUUGACAAAAUAUGUCGAGCUUGUUUAGAGAUAAAAAAAGACAUGCGACCUCUAUUUGAACAACUGACUGCGACGAUGCUGAUGGGCAUAUCGAAAGUGCAGGUGGCAGUUGGCGAUGGUUUGCCGCCGCAGCUGUGUCUGCAAUGCGUGCAUCAGAUAUCCCGCUGCCACGCCUUCAAAGAGCUCGUGGAGAGGAAUGACGUCACUCUUCGUGAACAUGCCAAGCGGCUCGCCGAGGAAGCUUAUAAUAGAGAGAGGGAAGAGAAAGAGAAGCUGUUAAGUCUGAGCUGCCCGGAGCAGUCUUACAUGCAGUAUAUGGAGGUGCCCAUGUCGAACUCCAGUCAGAUACUGGACGGGUUCUUCGCGGAGACGCCCCAACCAACACCUACUGCGGCAGAAGUCGAGAUAAAGGUCGAUUACGAAGUUGAAAAGAUCACAACUACAGAAAUAGCGACAACCACUACUAAAGACAAGGAAGGCCUGAACUCGGAUGAGGAGAACUACUUGCAGCUGGUACUGUUCCAAGCGACGUCGACCACGUCGCCGGGCAGGCACGUCUGCAACCUCUGCCACAAGGAGUUCAAGCACUCUCGCUGGCUGAAGCAACACAUGCGGUCUCAUACCAACUGGAUCAAGGCGAAUUGCAAGAAACCUCCCAUGUGCCCGAUAUGUGAUAGGACUUUUAAGGGUCCCGGCAUGUUAAAAAUGCACAUGCGUACCCACGAGCAGCGUACUCCCAAACAGCCGACGUGCUCAGUGUGUCAACGUACAUUCUCAACUAAGACACUGCUGUACCGUCAUCGACAAACGCACUUCGAACAGAAAACCCACCUGUGUACAGUCUGUGACAAACGGUUCUACAGCGGAUACGCCCUGCGGUCACACAUGGCGAGACAUCGAGGGGAACGGCCCUACGUCUGUUCAACUUGCCAUAAGAGUUUCUAUAACCCUACGGAUUUGAAGGUCCACUUCCGCCUGCACACCGGUGAGAAGCCGCUGAAGUGCUCGGAAUGCAACAAGACGUUCCGGCGCCACUCGACGCUGUGCCAGCACAUGAAGAAGCACCGCGGCAUUCGGAACCACAUCUGCAAUGUCUGCAACAAGGCCUUCUAUGAGAUCUCCAAACUUAACGCACAUAUGAGAGUGCAUACAGGCGAGCGUCCGUACGAGUGCCAGUACUGCGAGCGCCGCUUCGCGCAGCAGUCGGCCCUCAUCUACCACCGCCGCACGCACACCGGCGAGAAGCCCUUCUCCUGCAAGCUCUGCUCCGCCAAGUUCACCACCUCCUCCGCCAGGAACAACCAUCUCAUCACACAUACUGGGAACAAGAAGUUCGUGUGCCCGGUGUGCUUCAAGGGCUGCAGUUCCCGCGCGGAGCUGCGCGGUCACGCGGCGCGCCACGCGGGCGACAAGCUGUUCGAGUGCGAGCUGUGCCAGCAGCGGUUCAGCUCCGCCUCGCACCUGGCCGUGCACCGCCGCUACCACUCCGCCGAGAAGAAGUACCACUGCCGCGUCUGCGGGAAGGGUUACGUAGAAGCAAGUUCAUAUAAGAAGCACAUGAAGACUCACGAGAAGUCAGAGACGGAGUCGUCCACAUCAGAGAACAGUGGCGAAGCCCCCGCCGCCAAGACUGACGCGCAGGGGAUAGCGGAGCAGAGUGCUGUCGUCGAGGAUAUAGGGGAGGUUCAGGUACAAGUUCAAGGCCAAAUGCAGGAGUCCCAGCAGGUCCUGCAGGUCCAAGGCCAAGCGGAGGUGACUCCAUCAGGCCAGAAGAAGUACAAGUGUGGGCUGUGCGAGAAGACAUACAUGUACCUACAUACACUCAAGAAACACAUGCUUGUGCAUACACAAGACCGAGGCCGCAACUCAGAGCCACUAAUAUUCCUACACCAACAACAACCACAGCAACAGCAACAGCCACAGCAGCAGCCACAGCAGCAGCAACAACACCCGCAACAGCUGCAGCAGCACCAACAGCAGCAAGUCCAGCAAGUGCAACAAGUUCAGCAAGUUCAACAAGUUCAGCAGGUGCAACACCACCAGCAACAGCAACAGAUGCAGCAACAAGUGUUGCAGGUCGGCAACGUGCAACAGCUCGCUGUGCCGAUACAUGCGCAACAUGUACAGCAAGGGAUCACUGUGUCUGGAGUACAGGCGAGUCAGCACCCGUACCCCGUGAUCUCGUCGGUGCAGUCGCUCCAGCUGCAGCAGACUCACCAGGUUAACUCGCAACAGCCGCAACAGCUUCAGGUGCAGACCAUACAGAUUCACCCGCAACACCAACCGAUACAGAUACACGCGGUGGGCGUGCAGCAAGUACAACAGCAACAGCUGCAUGUAGCUACUUCCUCAUGCCAGACAAUGCUACCUAAUAUACUACAGCUGCAACCGGGCACGGUGGCGGUGUCGGGGCUGGCGCAGCCGGAGCUGGGCGGCGUCACGCACCGCAUCAUCCUGCAGCCGCAGCCCGCCGCCGCGCACCCCGCCGUCUACACCAUACACCACUGACAACCACGACAACGCAACACACGCGCUCGAUCCUAUACACCUUACACUUGCUGAGAAUUUACUAUUAUUAUGUUGUAUCAUGUCAGAGUAUGAUUACAGCCACAAACUAGGAAAAGUACCAAGUUGAAUAGAUAGCCGUUCGAUGAACUAGACCUUACUCAAGCUGAGAAUUAACUGUUAUCGUGUUGUAUCAUGCCAGAGGAUGAUUAGCUAAUAGAGAAGGAAAACUACCCAGUCGAAUAGAUAGCAAUAAGUAAAAAUUAUCAACAAGAUUUAAAAACUAGGGAUGUUUUUUCGAAUAAAUUACAUUUAACUGCCAUAUGCUUUGGCACUUUUACAGUAUAUGAUUUAGAACUAUUUGGUGUACUCCAUGCCCGUAGAGGUAGCUGAGUAAAGUAAAAAACAACUAUAUAUGAUACUGUUUUGGUAGUUAACAUUAUAAUAUUACAUGAAGCGUUAAAAGCAUAAAAUAUAUAAUUACGAAAUCUCGCAAGUAGAUUAAUUAGUGAAUGCUAUCUUAAUAAAAUAGAGUAGCUAUUUUUGUCUGCACCUUAUCACUUGUUUCCUGCAUAACUAAAUAUAAUAAAUAGUACCUAGAUGAGAGAGAAGUAUUGUUAAUUGCACUGGUGCCUAAAUAAUUAUAGCUCUAUAGAUUUGUAUGUUUGAAUUUACAUAUAUUAUGUAGCAAUACUUAUGUAACAGUUAUAUUUAGAGUGUUAUGUGAUGUUAGCUUGUAACUACCUUAUUAUGAUGUAUAAUGGAAAGUAAAUUAAAAAUAUAAUAAUGAAAAACACGCAAUAACUAAUUUUAUACUUUAUUUUGUUUUGUUAUGUUUCUCAACCUGUUGUAUACUUGUUAUGAUGUAAUUGUUUGUAUGGAGUAGCAUAAAUAAAACGUCAAAAUACUAAAACUUA